UCCAGGAGAGACAGGAGCGGAGGGAAAAAACAAAAUACGAAUUUGUCUUCCUGUAGGUCAAAAGUUACCUGUCACCUGUGCCACGGUAAAGUCCGUUAGAGGGAAAGCGGGAAUCAACGAUGGCGCUGUCGCAGCUCCUGGACGACUCACCUCUGAGGCUGGGUCCAAAACACACCGGGGCCGACGACCUGAACCUGCAAGAGCUGUACAAUGAGAGGCACCGGCUGGCUCUGGAGGAGCUGCUGUCGGGGGGGCUCGACAACUUUCUGGACUUCCUCAGGAAAGAGAGAAUGCCCAACUUUCUGUCCGACGAUGAGAUCCAGCGGAUCAGGAGCGCCGCCGUGCCCCCGCGGUGCGUGUCCCUCCACGGCGAGGACCAGGCGCUGGAGCAGUCGCUCAGCAGCUCCGUGGACUGCUCCUCCGUCACCUAUUUCCCCGAGGUGUCGGACGUGGAGCCGCCGCUGUUGGAGAUGGGCUGGCCUGCCUUCACCGCCGGCUCCUACCGGGGAGUCACACGGGCCGUGGCGCACUUCCAGCCCAGCUACGGGGAGUGCAUAUAUAGCUGCAAGGAGGCUGCGAGGCGUAUGAUUAAAAGUGCCAGAGAGGUGAUUGCCAUAGUUACAGACUCCCUGACAGACCUGGAUAUCUUUAAGGAUCUUCAGGAGGCAUGCUCCCACCGCAAAGUCCCUGUCUACAUCCUGCUGGACCAAUCAUGUGCUCCCGCUUUCCUUAAGAUGUGCAGAAAUGUCGGCGUUCGCCUGGAUGACCUUCGGCAAAUGAGAGUUCGAAUCAUAACAGGUACAACUUAUUACAUGAGGUCAGGAGCCAGGAUUACUGGGGAAGUUCAUGAGAGGUUCAUGUUGAUCGAUGGAAACAAGGUGGCUACGGGCUCCUACAGGUUCAACUGGACUGAUGGCAAACUAAACAGCAGCAACCUGAUCGAGCUUUCUGGUCAGAUAACAGAGAAAUUUGACGAGGAGUUCCGCAUCCUCUACGCCCAGUCGAAACCUAUAAACACUCGCGGACCUCCAAGUGUCCGAAACAGCAGCAUCCACGAUCCUCUCCUCCUCAAACACUUGGUCACCUCCUCCCCUCGCCUGGCCAGGGAGAGGCCUGCUGAGCUGGUGUCUCUGACCAGCACCCCCACCCGCAAGCCCCAAACCUUAGCUGCCCACCCCCCGUGUGAACCCUUGACUCCAGGUUGCUGUAAAACCAACCCAGUGUCCGACUCCACCAUAGAUGAGGACUGGACGGAGCAGCAGCACAUGCAGGAGGAGAUCCUGGCCGGUAGCACCACUCGCUGUUUCCCUGCAGACCAGCUAGCAGGGGAAAAGCCAGUGACCCCCUGCACCAUCUCCUGCCACGCCUUCACUCAGACCAGCCGGUCCUUGACGGACAGCGACACCCAGACUGACCCAGACCUCAUCACACCAACUUGCACGGGACCAACAGGGGCCACCUCUCCCUCAUUUGUGUCUCCCAGGCAGAUCUUGCCCACCCAGGCAGCCCCAGACGGCACCCUAAAGGACUGCUUCCACAAGCUGACCAAAGAGCGCCAGCACCACUACUCCACCAUCCGCUCCAGGCUGGAGCACAUGGUGACCGCCCUGUCCCAGAGGCGAGAGCUAGCGGACAUCACCAACAUGACUCAGGGGUCUGGUGCUCACAGCAGGCAGAGGGUACACAAAGACUGUGGGCAGGAACCAAACCCCAGACUGCUUGUUGAAAGUGCGGGCAUGGGCACAUGGCCAAGAGCCAGAUGUGUACACUAGUUUGUUUUCAGGGUUUUGGGUGAUGGGGGGUAGUGGGGGAGAGCUGUGGUAAGGUUUCUUGUGGAUCCUCUGUUUCAAAUAAACAGUUUUGGCUUAUGCAGUAGAAUUGCAGCUUUCUUCUAUUUGUCUUCUUUUCUGCAGUGCUUACUUUUGUCCUGCAUUUCAUGCUGUGUCCUGUCCUUGUCAAAGCAUUUCUUUUUGUGUGUGUAAUGGCAAUGCAGAUUCAUAAAUAACAUUAAAAUGUUGCAGGAAUUAUUAUGUUAACCAAAGACACAGUGCAAUAAUCAUUUAUUGACCAUGUCAGUUUAAUGACAGUCAUUUGCUGAGGUGGUUAAGACUGGAUAAUAUCUGCUGUAGAAUGAGUGAAAAUGCAUUGAAGUGCUGUUUUGGUUAUUUAAUCACAUUUGGCUGCUGUAACUGCAUCUGAACAACAUUCCAGAGAGCAGCUGGCUCUCGCUGUGCUUUGCUAAUAAACAAAGUA